CACAGCAAGGAUUUAUAUGAUAUCCUAGACGCCAUGACAGGCCAUUACACCGCAACGUCGGUGUCCGGGUGUCGUCCGGACACUGGACAUCCAAACAACAAGUGACCGCUUCAAGUCAGGUACGUCUGAACAGUUCCAAGUGAACGCUGCUGUUGAGUGUAAACGAUGCCGGGCCCGGGAAUGACCAUGACGAAGGCUAUAAAGAUUCCCCAGAGCAAGGUGACCUUCGCAGAGUACAGCAGGGAGUCGGAGGACUUGGUGAACUUGAGCUCCAAGAACGGCGCCGAAGGAAAGGUGACGGAAAUGCUGCCUGGAAAGAGCAGCUUAUCGCGGAUUAUCCUACACGACAACGUCAGUCAGAAGAGGUUAUUAGACAUGAAACUGUCCGUGAUCAACAACCAAGAGAGACGGAACGACAGUCUGUUUAACCACUACAGGAAAACCUUCAUCACGAGACUGGAGAGGAAACAGAAGACGUGGAUCAAGGAGGACAAUUAUGUGAGGAAGAACUUGAGUUUCCCUGCUUUAGCUACGCCUUAUUCGGCUUGGGAAGGAGGGGAGUCUCCCAGGAAGAAGCUUUUCGAUAGUUCUUCUUAUCCCUAUAACGAACUGUCGGUGACGGUGCGUCGACUACACACCCAGCCCGCGCCACAGGUCCACUCAGACCGCGAGGAGCUGCCUAGACUCGCCACGGUCCCGAUGCAAACCAAGCGGCACAGUUACGGCAACCGGCCGCCCAAGUCGCACCGGAGUACGAGUGACGACAGCCCCCGCGACAGCAAACAGAUGCUCACCAAGCUACCGACGAUAAAGUCCACGGAAACGUUACGAGGCGUAGCUAUGCCCACAGGGGAGGUCGCAAAGAGCGCACGGAAUGGGUGGGUAGGUAAGAAGCUAACGCUAUCGGACAAAACGCCUUCCAAGAACGCUUUCCUUCAGGACGACCGGUUCGCCCGCCUGGCCGCCUUGCUACAACCAGUGAAAAACUUCCCGCGCUUGGCGGUGAUCAGGGAGUCUGAGAGAGGAGGGAAAAGUUCGUCUGCGAGUAGUGUAGUGGACAGUGAUUACAGCUUAACGGGGAGCCAGAAAGUGUUACACCAAGCCGUCAAGCACUACUGAACUUCAGUACCGUCCAGCACUGGAUACAUGAUACCACACUGUUGACCGUUAGUUGUUUUCUAAACUGUACGCUGUUGCUAAAUUCGUCUCAAAGUGAAACGAUAGGACCUGAUGUCAACAUCACAUUUAGGACGUUUCUAGAAAUAGUGGAGGCUCAUAUUGAGUCAAAGAACAUUAUCUACAGUCACUGUUUAAGGCAUUUUAGUACACCUGUUAUUUUGCGUUACACAAAAUACGGGCGUUAAAUUUUCUUAAAAAAAAAACACUCAUUUGGUCUUCCGAAUUUCAGGAUACAUUUG